CACAGAUGACAGACGUCUGGGUCGCUGUUUGAUGACGUCACACCACAACAACCCACGAGCCGCCCGUCAACAGCGGCUGCACCUCGAUGCUUCUGGUUUAUCCGGACAGAAAUGUUUGAGAUUUCUUGCUGAAAUUCUGCUUCAGUUAUUAUUUAUUUAUUUUAUUUUUAUGUUUCGUGGAAAUGUAAAAGAGGAAAGACGGAAAGAGGCCGAAGGACGGUUACAGCGGUGUACAGAAGCCCCAGCUGCAGCAUCAUGGUGGACAUUGCUGUGAAAGGAGACGCUGCUUGGGUCUGUCGGACUCAGGCGUCUCAGCUGGCGGACAUCCUGCUUCCUGUUCACCUCAGAAACAAAGAGGAUGAUGGAGAGCAGCUCCGUCAGUCUGGCAGAGAGGAGGCAGAGCGGGCUGGUCCGGUGCUGUUGGAGCAGAUGGAGGACGGUUCCCCGUGCAUCCUACUGAUUGGCUGCAGCCCCAGCUCUUCCACAUCCAUCAGCCAGCUGCUGGUCAUCAGCGAAGCUCGCACCAUGGAGGUGUACGACCAGACGGGGGAAUACUGCGGGACGGUGCGGGGAACAAAAGACGACAGCGGCUGCUCUGACAGAGCAGACAGAGGUCCUUUCUACAGAAAACAGCUGAUUCUCAAGUGUCCAUCCUCAGCCUGUGAAGUGAAGCUGCUCUCCCUGGGAGGUAGAAGCAGCAUCCUGGUGUGUCGCAUCGUUGUGGGCCUUCAGAUGCUGCAGCCCUUCCCUGCCCGUGGUCCCGGCAUAGACCUGCAGCAGGUGCAGUGUCUGGUGGAGGAAAUGGGAACCAGUCUGUCCCCCGGAGCCCAGAACCUCAUGGACAUGGUGCAGUUCCAGCAGAAGAACCAGACCAGCUCUCUGGGGGGCUUCCUGCCUCUCCUGAUGGGGGGUGGAGCCUUCUCUUCGUUGACUAGAGGAGUCACCGAGUCUCCAGCAGCCGGCAGGAGUCAGCCCCAGCCUGCAGACUCCACGACUCCAGACUCCAUCAGUUCUGCUGAUGUGAGCCUCCCCGAUCAGAACGGAGCGAUGUCAGAGGGCUCCACCUCCCCGGACCUGCCGCUGUCGGAUGUCCUCCCGACCAACACAACGAGCAGUGAGAACGGCGUCCCGACAAGCCACGCCCACCUGACAGAGAUGAUGUCACGCUUCCUGAAAGGGCAGGGACACGGACAGGCGCCGAGCCCGGAGCUUCUGCCCAUGCUGCAGCGCGUCUGCAGUCAGGUGACGCAGCUGCGACUCGACGACGCCGUGGCGAUGGCGGUGAAGGAGGAGAAGAUGAGGAACGGCAGCUGGGAGUUGGACUCAGCCAUGGAACGCCGUCUGGAGGAGAUGGAGCGGAGGCUGAAGGAGCACAUGGACCGCCGCCUGGAGGCUCUGGAGCAGAAGCUGGAGAAGGUUCUGCAAAGUGCCUUGCCGCUGCUCGCUCUCAGCCACGGAGCUGCCAGCGGUUUACUGGUGGAAGCAGCACCCAGCACAUCCCCGCCACGCCAGCAGCUCCCUGAAUGACCCAACCUGCGGGCCUCGCUGCUCAACGGAGGCGGAGCCAGAUAACACAGAUGUCAGAUUAAUUCUAACGGUUAUAAACCAUCACUGAUUGUUCUCCAUCUGCAGCUUCUGUAACGGUUUCUGCUCAACUUUUAUGUCUUUGGUCCAAAAAAGCAAGUGAAUGCAUCACCAAUGGGCCGCCGAGGUGAAGGUCCUGAACACCAGCAGAAUGCUCCCUUCCUUCCUCUCGGUAUUCUCACGCUCAGGUGUCCCCAUACUGAUGAUGAUAAUGACUAAGUGUUCUUCUUCUCUCUGCACUGUAACUGCAAUAUUAAUGUUAACAGAUGUCACCAACUUCACAUUUAAACCAGUGAGGUUAGUUGUGAAGCUGACGUGGUGAGACGGACCCGAGCAGCUGGCUUCAGGUUACAGAGAUGAUGGACUGUAUUUUACUUACCUUUUAAAUGAUUUGCAUGUCUGUAAAGUAUUAAAAUGACCUCUGAUGGUGAACUGCCCUGAUAUAAGUAGCUAAUAAAAUGUAUUUAUACACAA